CGGAACUUCGGGAAAUCGUACUCGUCGUCCCGGUCCGCAGCCAUAUGUCCAUCUCGACUGUAAACAAUGAAGCUGACCGUUUCUUGGUUAAACCAAGGUCUUGAAAAAAAUCGACAUUGACAACUGACUUGAUACUAAAUAUAACCGGCCCUAUGCUUGGACCACGUGUUGAAAUCGGUUAGAAACUUAAAUUGCAAUGUAAUUUCAAUGUAACUGAACGAGAUGACACCGCUUCAUUGGUGACCAAUAACCUGAUCGUAAAUACGCUGUCUGUAAAAGAUGGCUAUUGAGCCUGGGCGUGUGCUGAAACCUGUGAACAGUUUUAGCAGUACAGAUCUCACAUCACCUUUCAAACCUGGAACAGUCACGUUACAGGCCAAGGAGAAUACCUCCACACAACCAGAAGGGAAGAAGUGGUCCUUGCAGGAUUUCGAUAUUGGAAGGCCUCUAGGUAAAGGAAAGUUCGGAAAUGUCUAUCUGGCAAGAGAGAAGUCAACCAAAUAUAUAGUUGCAAUAAAGGUUCUGUUCAAGUCACAGUUACAGAAAAAUGGUGUUGAGCAUCAACUUCGUCGUGAGAUAGAAAUACAGUCACAUCUCAGACAUCCCCAUAUCCUGCGUUUGUUUCAAUAUUUCCACGACAAAACACGAGUCUACCUUGUCCUGGAGUAUGCACCAAAGGGCGAACUGUACAAAGAGCUGAUGAAGGUUACAAGAUUUGAUGAGAAGCGAACAGCUACAUACAUGUUCCAAAUGGCCAGUGCCCUGCUGUAUUGCCACAGUAAAAAGGUCAUCCACAGAGACAUUAAACCUGAAAACCUCCUCUUGGGACUCACAGGUGACCUCAAAAUCGCUGAUUUUGGUUGGUCUGUCCAUGCACCCUCUUCCAGGAGAACCACAUUGUGUGGCACCUUAGAUUAUCUACCUCCAGAAAUGGUUGAGGGCAAACUUCACGACGAGAAGGUGGAUCUAUGGAGUCUUGGCGUGCUGUGUUACGAGUUCCUGGUGGGAAAGCCUCCGUUUGAGGCUGCUAGCCAAACAGACACCUACAGGCGGAUAACAAAAGUGGAUCUUCAGUUCCCAUCACAUGUGUCCACUCCUGCUAGAAAUCUUAUCAGUUUGUUGCUGAAACAUGACCCUAGUCAGCGAAUAACUUUGGAAAAAGUACUGGAACAUCCCUGGAUCAAAGAAAAUCAGCGUCCAAUGCCACCAUAAAGCUAUUCGCCGUAGAACCAUUUUGUGAUCAGCUGAAGGAAGCCAUAGACAACAUUCUCCAGAUAGGAGGAUAAAUAUGGACGUUCAGUUCAGAAUACCAAGCAGAUAUUCAGGAUGCCGGGAGUGAAUAUUUAGAGCUGAAAAUUGCAAAUACUCUGCAUACAAGUGAAAUAUAGGUGUGAGGUGUUGUGUGGUAUAUAAUCAUUGUAAACAUUGACCUAAAGAUUACAGACAGUUGGACAUCUAAGACUGGACUGUGUCUAACAGACAAGACACAUUUCUUCUCUAAUCACCCGUUAUCUGGCUCUUGUGGAUAAUGAAUAUUGUAGAACUGUACUCUAAAAACGUUGGUAAUUUAUUGUGUUCUACGGGAUGUGAGAAUUUAUUGUGUUCUACGGGAUGUGAAUACAAACAUGAAACUAGAUUCAGUGUCAUCUGUCACAAAUUCUAGUUAAUCGUUUGCCAACACAGAUGGGAGGAUCUCAGAACAAGGAUCAACUGCUACCAUUCUGCAAUUAAUUUUUACAUGUGGAAAUUAAGAAUGUGCAUGAAUUUUGUGUGUCUAAUGUUAGAUGUCUGUAUGUGUCGCUGUAAAAGAAAUCACGAUUGUGACUAUUAUUUCUGUCCUUUCCUUCUUCCUUUCUAUACCUAUACUUCUCACUACGAAACAAGUCAAGCACAUUAGUACAGACGACUUAGUAUUUAUAUGUAUUGACAAAUAUUACUCAAUGAGAAUUAUCUGUCCUCUAUAAUUCCCCGAACACCUGUAUGUCUUAAGUUUGUUUCUUACUCGCAAAUUUAUAUCCUUUAAUAGUUUGUUACCUCAAACGAAAUAAAAAAUAAUAAUUGCAGAGCCAAUGUCUUGUGGUUGUAUAGAUGGGUUGAUCAAUGGGGCUCUUCGACCUUCGCCUUUGUAACUAACGUCAUAGAAUGUCCAUUAUGUAUGACGCCACAAGAUAAAAAGGAGCCCCCCCCCCCUCCCUGAGGGUAUCUCAGGGGAUAUUUUGUAAUAUCUUGCUGUCCUGAUGAAGAUUCGCUUUAUGUUGGCAGAGCAAUGUCAGAAAAAAUCUAUUUAUAGUACACUGGUGACCUUGUUUUUGAUCUCGGGUUAUUUUAUGAUAUUAGAUAUCUUGAUUGUUAAUUCAAGUUAAAAAAAAAAGUGCAAAAAAAUCCAGAUGACAUAAAUUGUGGUAGAAACAAUCCUGAAUUUAUUUGCAUCUCUUAUUUAUAAAACUCAUUCUUUAACAUAAACGAAAUAUCUAACUUAACAAUGUGUUAUUACGGUAUGCAUUACACAAAGUACUUAAGUCGCAGUCUGACAGACUGUUGCAGAUGUUCAUUUUUCACAAGAUUAUUAAGAUAAAUCAUGUUUUUUCAUCGAGUACAGGCAAAUUUCAUAUCCUGCAAUGCUGCUGAUAGUAUUUCAUAUCCCAUUACUUCUGAAUGAUAUGCAAGUCGUAUAUAAAAGUGAGAAAUUGUGGAGGCUCAAUGUGAUAAAUGUACAAUAAACUAUUUUAUCUGAU